GUAAAAACUUUAUGAAAAGCAGGUCUCUUUCUGGGUUGGUGAAUACCAUUGUAUUCCUGUGUUGUUUUCUCCUGUAGUAUAGCUCAGUGACAUGGAUGGCCCAUCAUCUGUUUGAAGGUAAGGAGCAUGCUGCCUCCUACUGGAAAUACAGAGUCUCAGCUCAUUGAAGAGGUCAUGUUCUUCCUGAAGAGAAAGGGGCAUGCAGCCCUUUGACCUGGCAGUAGAUGUAGGGUGUGGGUCGCGUCAGGGCACCUUGCUCCUGGCCUCCUCACUUCUCCUCGGUGUUGGGGACCGACGUGAGCCCUGCCUAGCUGGAGGUGGCCCAGGAGCAUGCAACCGUCACUAACAUCUCCUAAAGAUCCUAGUAAAGGAGCAGAUCAGUCUCUGUGUCUGUGUCUCUGUGUCUCUGCUGAGUCACUGCAAGCUGGAAGGAGCACUAGGCUAGCGGAGCAGACGACAGCAGAGCACCAUGACCCACCGGCUGUUUGAGGAGAAACACCAUGCCUCCAUCUACCAGAGGUACCGCUUUGUACCCCCAGAGGAGAUCAGAGACAUCAUCCUGCAGUACCUGGAAAGGAAGAAAGUCCAGCCUCAUGCUCUAGCUGUGGACCUGGGCUGUGGGACGGGGCAGAACUCACGCUUGAUGGCCCCACACUUCCAGGAGGUGGUGGGCAUCGACAUUAGCGAGUGCCAACUGGAGGAGGCCAGGGCAGUGGCAGGGUUCAACAACAUCACCUACAGAAAAGGCACUGCAGAGGAGCUGCCGUUUCCGGAUGGUUCUGUGGACCUACUGACUGCAGCCUCAGCGGCCCAUUGGUUUGACCAGCAGCGGUUCCUCUUGGAGGCAGGCCGGGUCCUGAAGCCUUGCGGCUGCAUGGCUCUGCUUGGCUUUGCUGAUAACUUCAGACUCCAUUACGGCUCAUGUGGGGACAGACUCACUGACAUCUAUGAGGAGUUCAAGAAGGUGCUGUUACCAUACACCAGCACAAAGGUAGCAGUGGCCAACACCAAACUACAGGAGCUUUACGCUGCUAUCCCCUUCCCUGACAAAGAGAGGAUUGAGUGUAUCCCACUGAAGCAGCAGAUCUCAGUGAGGAACAUAGUGGGCUUCAUGGAGUCCUUCUCCAUGUACCAGGCCUUCCAGAGGGCCGAGCCUGAUGCUGCCACCGCACUGCGGCAGAGAACACUCGACAGGUUUCUGAAGGAGAUGGGAGUCACAUCACCAGACACACUCAUGGAAGUGACGCUGGAGUAUUUCUGUGUUCUGGCAUCUAAACCGGAGUGAACAGUCUUUAUAGUGUGAAUGUGUUUGUAUGUAGACAGGUGUGUCUUAAGUUUGUGUUUAGGCUUAUGUGAAUCAUGUUCAAGCUGUAUUAGAAAUAUUAUUCUGUUCACAUAAGAUUUCAUUGAAGUCCCUUUGGUUUUGUCUGCUCUUUUCUAUUAUACAUUGUAAUGUAGAGUAAACUAUUCACCUUAGUCACAUCAUUACCAAAAUGGUUGCCACCUUUAGUAUCUUCCUUGCCUGAGAUUUACAAUAAAAUGUCUGCAGACACAA